AUGUCAUCCAACGAGAGUGAAGACUCGGAUUUGUCCAGCACCUACAGCUCUGACGGGGAGGUCCAACACUCCAUCACCAGACCACAGAGCAAACCAGGGCUCAAGUAUCUGGACUUUGACGAAGCACACUGCAUUCAUCCAAUAGACGUGGAGCUGUUUGUAAGGCCAGAUAUUUUAACAUCCGUGAGAUCCAUACCUGGUUCAAACUUCGUCUACAUCAACUCCCCUGCGCUGACGUUCCUGGAGCCAGAGGAGGAGGUGCCAGCUCCACACAGCGUCAUCUGCGACGCCUACAUCUUUACAAAAGACAGAGUGGUCCUCGUCCUGACGUUUGUUUCCAGAGAUGAGCCUGACGCUGUUCUUUACAACUCCACACAGGCCCGGGCUCUGACUGUCGCUGUCAGGAGCAGAACUUGCACCAACUUUCACCCCGUGCAUGGUGUCAUAUCACCAGAUAUAUACAGAAGUUCUCAGAACUUCCUGACCAGGAUCCAGCAACUUCACAAAACUGCAGCGCAUGUGUCUGUACAUCAGUCCUUGACUUCCAGAAAUGGGAAGAUGGUUGACAUAUUCAGGGCGAUGAUCCAGCAACAAAGGCCAUCAAGAAAACUCACAGAUUGGGAGAUAUUAUUUGUGAAGACAGCUGCCUACCAGGAAGUCCGAGACCAGCUACAACAACACAAUCUGGUGAUGCUGACUGGUGGCCCUGGGGAAGGUAAGACCACAAUAGGACACAUGCUGUGUUGUGACUACCAGCAACAAGGAUACAACACAGUCUUCUACAGCAGAUGGGAGGAUUUCAACAUGGAUGUAUUCAAGGCUACAAAACCUACACUGGUGGUGAUUGAUGACAUGGGAGAGCACUGGGGAUAUUCAAACUCUGUCAAAAAGAUACUCUACAAAAUAUAUACCAACAAGCUUGUUCGUGUUGUUAUUAUAUACCCGACCUGCAAACGAGACACCUUCAAGGGCUUCAAUCGAAAGAUGGACAUAACACAGAUAGGAAGACAGAACUGGAACAGAACAAAGCAGGAAUAUUCCCAGAUGCUGGAGAUGCAGACAGACAUUCCAUCAGACACACGGGAGGAGAUCAUAGCUAACCUUCCUUCAUAUGUCGGUUUCCCCAAGGUCAUCAAACACUUCUCUCAACACAGACCUGCCACAGAUCCCAUAACAUUUUUCGCAUCUCCUCACUCACAUUUCAGAAAAGAAAUAGAAAGAUUACUUAGAAUUGUUGAUUAUUCUGCUCCAAUGAUAUGUAUCUUGGUCUCUGGCAACAAAGUGAAAGACAGCUAUCGAUAUAAGUAUGAAAGUGACUCUGGUGUGAGAGAGGUUCAGUCUCUCUUUCCCGAAUUAAGAACAGAUAAUCUUCCUGGCAUGUUACACACAUUGUGCGCCACCUAUCUAUGUCAAUCUUGCGACAAUAUCAGUUUCACAGACCCUGUCAUAUAUGACGCCUGUGUGUUUGUUGUUGACAACAAGUUUCCUGGAGUUCUCUGGAAAAAUAGCAAAGUUAUAUUUGAGACUGGCAACAAGAAAUCUCUCCCAGACAUACCUGAUAAAACCAUCUUCAUCUCCAGCCACAACACAGACAUGUUACAGACACAGCUGAUAGAAGACACAAGGAGAGGGAAGUUCAGACAUACAUUCCGUCACCCAGUUCUCAGCAGGGAGGACAAUAUAGACAGGUUCAUGACACAGCUUGGGGACAGUUUUGCGGAUGUUAUACAUUUACAGGAUACAGCUGGUUCUUCCACUGCUUCAAGGAGCUUAUUGUACUGGGUCCUACAGUCUGGUAAUGAUUACCUGCGUCAGAAGGUGUUACAGAAACAGGAACUGUCACAGGUACAUGUCAGUGAAGAACUAGCUUGUUGUAUCAGACUACAAGACACCAAGUCCUUCCUGUAUCUAUGGCAGCAGCUGCUGUGUCUACAGAGGGGAGAUAUCACAUAUACACCAGACUAUGCAGAUGCUGAUGGAAACUCUCUUCUUAUGAUGUCUGUGGACAGGAAUAAUGCCGACGUGGUCAACAUCUUACUGAAAGAUGAUGCAGAGUGUCUGAUCAAGAACAAAGUCGGAAAUUCUGCCCUCAAUCUGGCCUCUUUGAGGGGAUAUACAGAUGUUGUCAAGUUACUGCUUCCCCACAUGGAGGACUGGAAGAAUCUGCCAGGGCAGGACUUGAGAACACCAGUCAAGAUGGCUGCACAGAAAGGUCAUGGUCAGCUGUAUGAGUAUCUGGCAGAUGAAGAGAAGUGUGACCUGACUGGUGUUGAUGAUAACGGUGAUACUAUCCUCCAUCUGGCAUGUCAGGGCGGUAGUGUCCACAUUGUCCAACAUCUGAUGUCCAGUAAGCUGUUUGACAUCAACCACAGAGGCCAGUAUGGAAAGACACCUCUGAUGAUUGCAGCAUGCAGCGGCCACAGAGAUGUGUUUCAGUUACUUCUGUCACAGAACUGUCACAUCUCUCCUGAGGACUUCAGCAUGUGUGAGACACUCUCUUAUGGACAUGUUGGUGACUGGCUGAACAUGUCACAGUUUCUACAAGCAAGAGAACAUGACCUGAAUAGGUUCAUGAUAACACACAAGAAACAUUAUAUCUCAAAAUUGAAAUCACACUUAGAGGAGAAAGGAUCGAGCAUGUUACUUGUGGAUGUGAGUGGUCAGAGUCUGCUUCACACAGCAGCAGAAACAGGGAACCUGAAGCUGGCAGAGUUCCUCCUGUCACAGGGCAAGGUUGACAUCAAUACGAGGGAUGCCAGCGGGAGGACUCCAGUGAUGUUAGCAGCAGCUGCAGGACACAGAAUCAUGUUUGAGUUUCUAACUAAAAAACAGUGUGACUUGUCAUUAAAAGAUACAGAGUCACGUGGAGUUCUUCACUACGCCAGUCAAGGGGGAAACUUGGGUAUUGUACAGGAUGUUGGAUGUAAGGAUGUAAACGAGACAGACAGAUAUGAUAAAACACCUGUGUCGUAUUGUGUAGAGAGAGGACAUAAACACAUUUUUGACACAUUGUUGAACACAGGGGGAGAUCUGUCAGUUGUUGACACUGACAAGAACACACUGCUACAUCUGGCAUCCAAGGGAGGUAACCAGGCUAUAGUGGAGCAUCUCCUGUCAUCAGGAACGUUUGACAUAAAUGCUGUGAACAGAGACAGGAGAACACCCCUGUUGGUGGCAGCGUACAGUGGACACACAGACAUCUGUCAGCACCUGAUUGUUGUCGGAGCUGAUGUACACAGACAGGACUAUGAUGGGAAUGACGUGGUACUUGUUGCUGCUCAGACAGGGAAUCUCCAGCUGGCUGAGUGUGUUUUGUCUGUGAAGAAACGAGUUGACUUUGUACAGGACAAACAUGGGAAAACAGCACCGAUGUGGGCAGCAGAGAGGGGUGAUGCUGACAUGUUUUCUCUGAUGGGUAAAGGGUGUGAUCUGUCUAUGAAGGAUGUUGAACAAAACAGCAUCCUUCAUUGCGCUUGCACAGGAGGAAAUGUAGAUAUAGUCGAAUCUAUUGUUGCUGAAAAAAAAGUCGACUUCAAUGGAAGAAAUAUAUCUCAAGAAACACCAGUGAUGAGGGCAGCAUUGGGGGGACACAAAGCAGUGUUUGACCUACUUGUGAGCAAAGAAUGUGACCUGAAAAAGAAGGCUAAAUUCAAUGACAACAUCCUUCAUAAGGCUUGUGAGGGAGGCAAUGUAGACAUUGUAGAGUACAUUGUCUCUCAUAACAUAGUUGACAUCAACAGCACAGGUUAUGCCAGGAGAACACCAGUGAUGAGGGCAGUGUUAAAGAGACACAAGGCAGUGUUUGACCUACUUGCGAGUGAAGGAUGUGACCUGACAGUGAAGGAUGAGGACGGUGACAACAUUCUUCAUAUGGCUUGUGAGGGAGGCAAUGUACAGAUUGUAGAGUACAUUGUCUUUCAUAACAUAGUUGACAUCAACAGCACAAGUUAUGCCAGGAGAACACCAGUGAUGAUGGCAGUGUUAAAGGGACAUAAGGCAGUGUUUGACCUACUUGUGAGUAAAGGAUGUGACCUGACAGUGACGGAUAGGUAUGGUGACAACAUUCUUCAUAAGGCUUGUGACGGAGGCAGUGUAGAGAUUGUAGAGUACAUUGUCUCUCGUAACAUAACUGACAUCAACGGCAGGGGUUAUGAGAGAACACCAGUGAUGAUGGCAGUGUUAAAGGGACAUCAGGCAGUGUUUGACCUACUUGUGAGUGAAGGAUGUGACCUAAGAGUGAAGGAUAGGUAUGGUGACAACAUCCUUCAAAAGGCUUGUGAGGGAGGCAAUGUGCAGAUUGUAGAGUACAUUGUCUCUCAUGGUAUAGUUGACAUCAACAGUACAGGUCAUGCCAGGAGAGCACCAGUGUUGUGGGCAGUGUUAAAUGGACAUAAGGCAGUGUUUGACCUACUUGUGAGUAAAGGAUGUGACCUCACAGUGAAGGAUAAGUAUGGUGACAACAUCCUUCAAAAGGCUUGUGAGGGAGGCAAUGUUCAGAUUGUAGAGUACAUUGUCUCUCGUAACAUAGUUGACAUCAACAGUACAAAUUCUGUCAGGAGAACAUCACUUGAUAUCGCAGAAAACCAAGGCAACCAUUCGUUGGUUGAUAUUCUGAAGCAAUUUGGUGCAGUGUGAGAAGUGUCCAUCUUGUCAAUG